AUGCCAGAUCAAGAAUCACAUGAAGAAAUGCCAGAUAUAGAGUCAGAUCAAGAAUCACACAAAGAAAUGCCAAAUAUAGAGCCAGAUCAAGAACCAAGGCCAAAAUCACAAGUACUUCAAGGGGUUCACAGUAAAAUCAACCGAGACAAUAUUCAAGGGAUAAGUAAGCUGUCCAUUAGAAAGCUUGCUCGCAGAGCAAGUGUAAAACGUAUUUCUGCACCUAUUUACGAAGAAACUCGAAACAUAUUGAAGACAUUCCUUGGUGGUGAUUCUGCUAGUUAUGCAGAAGUUACAAAACGUAAAACAAUCAGAUCCUUAGAUUUUGUUUACGCUCUUAAAGGACGCGGAAAAUCGUUUAUGGAUUUGGGAUAUAAUUCUUAUUAUCGCUAUUAUUCUCUUGCUAAAUUUGGUCUUUGA